AUGAAAAUCUUCACCAUCCUCGCCGUCCCCUCUAUCCUAGCCACAGCCACGCCCCUUUCCUCCCGUCAAGAGGCGGGAAUCGCAGCCGACACUAAUACAAUUCCAACUCUGGGCGCCAGCUUUUGCAUUGGUUUCACUAGGCCAGAGUGUAAGGGGGCCGUUGGAAAGUGCUCGGACGAGGACAAAGUCAUUGCAGAUUGCAUUCGCGAUGAGCACCCGGCAUGCAUCACGGACCAAAACUCACCUUGCCCUAGUGGCACGAUGAGCCCCGAACAAGUUGUCGCAUGCAAGGAGGCUAGCAAGGGCUAUGGCGUGGCCACGUUCGUCAACAACUGUAAAGAAGAAAAUGAGGUGGACGAAAGCGAUGCUUGCAAGACGGUGGAGACUACUUUUGGAGAGGCCUGGGAUGCAAACAACUGCGAGGCAGCAUUCGGUCCCGACGAGGGAGGUGACCAAGUUGAGUUGGCUGAUGAGGGCGAGCAGUAG